AUGGCCGUCGGCAAGAACAAGCGAAUUUCGAAGGGGAAGAAGGGAGGGAAGAAGAAGGCAGCUGACCCGUUUGCCAAGAAGGAUUGGUACGAUGUCACGGCACCUAGUCUCUUCAAUGUCAGGAAAGUCGGUGUGACCCUCGUCACCAGAACUCAGGGAACUAAGAUUGCUUCUGAAGGACUCAAGCAUCGAGUAUUCGAGGUUUCUCUGGCUGAUCUCCAGAAGGAUGAGGAUCAUGCUUACAGAAAGAUACGUCUAAGAGCAGAAGAUGUGCAAGGGAAAGAUGUGCUCACUAACUUCUGGGGGAUGGAUUUCACCACUGACAAGCUGAGGUCGUUAGUCCGGAAGUGGCAGACACUGAUCGAGGCUCAUGUGGAUGUAAAGACUACUGAUAACUAUACCCUUAGGUUGUUUUGUAUUGCAUUUACCAAGAGACGCGCAAAUCAGGUCAAGCGUACCUGCUAUGCUCAAUCCAGUCAGAUUCGUCAGAUUCGCCGCAAGAUGAGAGAAAUUAUGAUAAACCAGGCUUCAGCCUGUGAUCUGAAGGAGUUGGUGCAGAAGUUUAUCCCUGAGAUGAUUGGCAGAGAGAUUGAAAAGGCAACAUCCAGCAUCUAUCCACUGCAACAUGUUUUCAUUCGAAAAGCCAAGAUCUUGAAAGCUCCCAAGUUUGAUCUUGGCAAGUUGAUGGAGGUUCAUGAGAAAAAAGAGGACGUCGGUGUGAAGAUUGAUAGACCAGCAGAAGAAAUUGUGCCCGAGGAGACCACCAUUGUCGGGGCAUGAAUUGAUUUAUGAAGACCUUGCUCGCUUUGCUGGCUAAAGUUUUGAUCAUCGAUUCAGACAGAUGCAGACUUGAUCUGCUUACUCGAGUAUUAUUAAGCAAUCUUUUAGUUGAUGUUCAGUUUUCUUUCUCUCUUUUAAAUUCACU